CUCGUCUUUUCUGUUGAGCAACGCGACCGUGUGAGCCGCUGUACAUUGGGCGUACAGGAUUACAUUGUACGGCAGUGACUGAUCUGCAGCUAGUUCACGCUGUUGGUGACUGCUUCAGAAACACAGACAUCGCGUCAAGCGCGCUGAGGUAGAAGCCUCGUUCGAGGCAUGCAAUAGAUGGGCUUAAACGCACUGCUCUGCCAACAUCCUCACCAGAAGGAUAUUCGUCACUCAUCGAACUCGAUUUCGGUCGGUUCGUCCAAAUCUGGUGCCUUCAGCACGGUCGAACUUGCUCCCGGACUGUUUCGUGCACUCAGAUCAUUGUGUUUCUGCGUAGCGCUGUGAUUUCAAUUGUUCUUGCGCUUCUCAGAGCUCAUUUCUUGCGUCGCUUCAAUCUUUCAAUUCUGACAUUCGAAUCACUUCCUCUCACAGCAUGGUACAGACAAUGUCUCGUGCCCAGAGCGCACGCGCAUCCAGUGUGGCACGCACAAUUGUAAAGCGAAGAGAUAAACCUUACAAAACCGAGCAGAGCAUGGUGAUCGAGAAGAAGAAGAAAUUGGAUCUCCGUGUCAGUGGCCGCAUGAGAUACGCUUUGCCAGUAUACUGACGGAUCCAGACUACGUUUCAAGCCCCUCCGCCUGGCUUUCAGUUCCUCCCUGUAGGCACGCCUGAGCUGGCUGAGAGAUGCAAGGAGAUAUCAAGGAUUCGGGGUCUACCUGUUGAUAUCGUCAAUGUGAGUCAUGGUUGAGAGACUGUCCUGCUAAGAAUAGCUCGCCUAAGACCACUCACAUCUUGGAAUCCCAGGCCGAUCCAUUGAACAAAAAUGGCAAAGACGAGAAUAAAGUAUCUCAUCACAUCUUGCGUGUUGGAUAUCAUUUUCGUGCCGAGGUCGUCAACGACGCGUG